CAACACCAAGGAAAAAUUCAGCGCAUCACCUUCACCGUCUUAGUAGCAUCCAACACAACACCAAAGCCAGGGUUUCGUAUACUUGUGUACUAAUUUGCCCUGUUUGGCCGUUUAGUCAUGUAUAACUCCUCACAGCAUCAGUCCAAGGAUAGCGACUGUUUCCACAACACAUGCCUCCCCGCAGCUGCAUGGGACCACGGUGAGGACUGGUCUGGCAUUACGGAUCAGAAAGAACGCAAGAGGCUACAGAAUAGGUUGAACAAGCGAAUGUCAAGGCAGAGGAUGAGAACAAAUCGCUUCCCGAAAAACGCAUUCGUCUCAUCAUCAACAACAACCUCCGACUCCUCCUGUCCCGGCUCAACCUCAUCUUCACCUCCACAGGACUUGGCGCCAUAUGUUGCUUCUAGUCCUCUCCCGGUCGACGUGCUCACCACAGCCGGGCCGACAUUUAAUUCUUCCUCGAGCGACGACAUCGCACAGAGCCUAGCGUUCCUGGAGCGGUUCGCAGAGCAUGCCCUGUCGAGUUAUGGGGUUGGGUGCCCGUGUGCAGACCACCACCUGGAUUUAAUCGAACUCAAAGUCAUCAAUGGCUUCACCAUGAACGCCGAAGCGUUGGGAUUCACGUUUGACUGGCUCCUGUGCGGGUUUGUGUCGCCCUUUGGGCCUCCUCUGGAGCUUCCCCGGAAAAAGGGCCAACCUGAUCAAGACCAGCGACCCGGAGCCAUCACGCGCCCGAUGCCACCAACCCUCGUCCCCACGGCCCUGCAGCAGAGGAUGAGGCAUCACCCGUGGCUGGAUCUGUUUCCGCUGCCCAGACUGCGCGACAACUUGGUGCUUGCCGACAUGUCUCCGAGUGACUUGAACGAGCUUUUCAAGUACGUCAUCGACGCAGGAGGCGGGGAGAGGGGACGGACCGGCAUGUUGGUCUGGGGGGAACCGUGGGUCCCUCGCAACUGGGAGGUCAGCGACCUCUUCCUGGAAAGGUGGGGCUUCCUUCUCCGGGGAUGUCCCGAGAUGAUAGUCUCUUCGAAUCACUGGCGGCGCCAGAGACGUGAGAAACCCAUUGCGGACCCGAAGUCGUUUGUACAAGAUGUAUCUUAACUGCAGCCUCGCCUCUAGUAAUAAGCUGCAUUACUUGGACGAUGGAGUCCAUAUUCACAUGCGUGGAUGAUAAAGCACGCAAUUUAUACCUGAAAUAAUGCAGCCGUUUUAUAAAUUC